AUGCUUGCCACCUCGCUCAUUGCACUGUCCCUUGCGACAAUUCUCCCCAUCUCGAACGCGUAUCCCGUUAAGGUUGAUGGACUUCACUGUCGCUCGGGGCCUGGAACCGGUUACUCAGUUUUAAAGACCUACAAUAAGGGUGAAGAGGUCUCAAUCAAAUGCCAGGCUCCUGGAACCGACGUUAAUGGAGAUGUCCUCUGGGAUCUGACUAAAGACAGCUGUUACGUCGCGGAUUACUACGUUAGCACUGGUACUAGUGGCUACGUCACUGAUAAGUGUGGCAGCAGUGGUGGCGGUGGCAGCGAUGGAAAUCUUCCGGGUCUCAACUCUGUACAAUCGUCCCACGCCCGAGCCAUUAUCGCGGAGGCCAAACGGGAGAGUCUUGGUCACCAGGGCUGUCUAGCUGGCAUUGCAACUGCUCUGACUGAGUCGAGCAUUUUAGUUUACGCAAACAAGGCUGUCCCAGCUUCGAUGAGCUACAAAUACGACGCGGUUGGCAGCGACCACGAUAGCAUUGGCAUAUUCCAACAACGCGCUAUGUACUAUCCCGAUAUCGCUGCCGACAUGGAUCCUGCGAAGUCCGCCGCACAGUUCUUCGCCAAGAUGAAGGGGGUUAGUGGAUGGAAGACCAUGAAUGUUGGUGACCUAUGCCAGAAGGUUCAAGGAUCUGCUUAUCCUACCCGAUAUAAUCAGCAUUUGUCUGCUGCUAAAGCGAUCUGCUCUGCUGAUAGUGAUUAA